CAACAAAAUUCGCCCAUUGCAAACCUGUUUUAGUUAAUUACAUAAGUUACGGUAGCAGUGUUUGCGCAACUUUAGUAUUGCGCGCGGCGUCGUCUGCACCACCAGCCAGACGCACUGUGCGCGAACCCGCGGCCGAGCGCGCGAGACGCCUUGUUGCGCUCACCCUUCAUCUCGUUCUUUAAAAUACACUUGAAGUACAAUUCUAAUAUAUUAAGUAAAGCCAUACUUCGGAAACUACAGUUAUAAACAUACUUAUGAAAAUAUACACUCCGCGUACACUGUCACUGAAUCAUAAAACGUACCGUUUAUCACUUCCAAAAUAAAUAGCCGGCCAAGUUAUAGAUUAAUCUAGAUAUUAUAUUGAUAAUAUGAGAUUGGUCGAUAACGAAUGAUCCGAUACUCUCACUAACAUCCGGUCUCUGCUUCGCGCGUCGUCGUUGCGAAAGAAUUAUAUCUCACGCAACGACAACCCCAAAUUCUGUGAUAAAUCAGUGUCGUGAGAGAGUUCGGAGUGGUUUAUGAGAUGGUGAAAUUUUAUAGGAAGACAAUAUCGUUGUCGGAUGUGUGGGUGUCGUCGAAUGACAAGUUAAGUGAUUUCUACGCGUCGUCAUGGCAACGCGGGGACUCUCCCGUGCCGCUGCUGGUGGUGCGGCUGCUCCUGGCGGCGCUGGCCUUAGCCGUGCUGAGCUGGACGCUAGUGGAGGGCGGCAACGAGUAUUGGCCACUCUUCCUCACCAACUGGGGGCUGGUCCUCAUUAAUGCGAUGUUGCUUAGCGGCAUACUCGUAUCCAUUGUGGCGUUGUUUAACCCGUCAUAUGAAACUUCACAGUUGCCAUGGUACGUCAGCAUGUACUGGUUCUUCUUCAACAUAGCCAUCAGCACAUCCUUUCUCAUAACGGCGCUCUAUUGGAUCCUAUUGUACAAUCCCGGUAAAAAUCCGGAUCCUGAAGAUCCGCUGUUCUGGUUGGACGUAGCGACACACGGACUGAACUCUUGCAUAGCGCUGGCGGAGGUUGUGGCAUCGCGCACUCCCGUCAGAGCGCUGCACUUCUACCAGCCGCUCAGCGUAGGGCUGUGGUACGCAGCCUUCACCGCCAUCUACUUCGCGGCCGGGGGCACGGAUGGCAAUGGCAACCCUUACAUCUACCCAGUGCUGGACUGGCGCUUCGGCUGGCGCACGACCGCGCUGGUGGCGUGCUCGUGCGCAGGUCUCCUCGUCAUCUACGCGGCGCUGUGGGGCGUCGCGCUCUGCCGCGACAAGAUCUCUAUGACCAUACGCACUGUCAGCCUCGACUUGCCCAUGGUGCCAGAUUCCAUGCAAGCGAGAAUAGUAUGACGGAUAGACUUCUAUGAAGGUCGGGCACAAUCGGUUGUGUUUCAUGACUUAUCAUUAUGUAAUUAUCAUCAAAACUGUGUUUAUAUUGCCAUUCCAACUACUAUGUUCGGCCGAUGUCCGACCAAAAGUUCAAAUAUAGCAUUUUAUCAACAACGCCCAAGUCCAUACUAGUUAUAUACACAGAGCUAGUGCAAAAAGAUAAUAGUUUACCACCUACACUGGACAGUAUUAAGAUUUCUCUCUAGUAGUCCAUUUUAUAUUUGGUGCGUUGAUCAGUUGUGUUGAUGUGUGAUAACAUGAUAACUAUUGUGUGUCCAUUUUGUUUGUGUGGAAGCCUUCCAGCAAUUUCUAAGCUUAUAGAAGAAAUUGUUUAAAAUGUGAAAGGUUAUUAUGUAUAAUAAUAAAAACUCAAAACCUCUUGUAUAUAAAUAUACAUAUCGGUUUCUUUAUAGAUUUAAGAUGUACAUAAUAUACCUACUGUGUUGUAUUUAUAUUUUAAUACAAAAUAUAUUGUUUUUAUGAAUUAAAAGAAUUUUAAAUAAAAGUCGUGAUGUGGUUAUACAACAUU